AUGCGUUCCUCCACCAUCAUCUCUGCCGUCUUCCUGGCCGGUGCCGAGCUCGUUGCCGGCCAUGCCGCCAUCAUCAAGGCUGUCGGCGAUGCCGGCGGUGAGGGCAUGGCCCUCGGCAUCGACACUGCCACCCCCCGCGACGGAACCCGGCGCAACCCCUUCCAGCAGGACGCCACCCGCUUCAAGGGCGCCGCUGCCGCCACCGUCGGCGAGACCCUCGGCGGUGGUACCAACAACAUCGCCGCCGGCACCGCCGCCAUCAUGGCCGAGACCGGCGCAGAGCUUCCCCAGGUUUCCGCCGGCGGCGAGCUCACCAUGACCCUGCACCAGGUCAACGGCGACGGUGGCGGCCCCUACACCUGCUCCAUCAACGCCGACGGCACCGCCGCCCAGUGGACCCCCAUCACCGUCAAGACCACUCCCCCCGGCCAGAACUCCCGCAACCGUCAGGGCGCCGCCACCGACUUCCCCCUCGUCGCCUCCAUCCCUGCCGGCCAGGCUUGCACUGGCAGCGUGGCCGGUCAGGAGAACGUCUGCCUUGUCCGCUGUCAGAACGCCGCCCGAGCCGGCCCCUUCGGCGGUGUCGUCCCCAUCCAGGUCGGCGCUGAGGCUCCCGCCGCCGAGGCCCCUGCCGCCGGUGGCAACGCUACCGCUCCCGCCGAGCCGGCCAAGGCCGCCAAGGCCACCAAGGCAAACAAGGCCGUCGCCGCCCGCGCCAACCUGGCCCGCGAGAUCCUCCGCCGCGAGGCCCUCCUCCGCAAGGUCCUCAAGCGCCAGUCGGUCGACGAGGACGACGAGGAGGAGGAGGAGUAA